AUGGAGGAAGAUGAUGCAUUUGACUUUACUAUAACAACAAAAAUAGAAUAUCGAAUCUUAGAAUAUUGUAAAAAUGGACAGGUUUUAGUAAAUUUAACUGAAAACAAUAUACGAGAUAUUAAGAGUAAAAUUACAAAAUUUAGAAAUGCAUUAUGUAAUAAUUUGUGUUUUCCGACUACUUCUGAUGAUGAUGAUGAACAAGCUAUGCCUAAUAAUCUAUCAAAUGAAAAUGAAUUCCCUGGAAAUAUCGAAAGCUUACAAUAUAGCCCACCACCUCCAUCACUUUCGGCAGCUUCAUCGAAAUCCAAAGCAUUGAAAACUAUUAUAGAUGGCGAUGAACAAAUUAUGCCUAGUAAUCUAUCAAAUGAAAAUGAAUUCCCUGGAAAUAUCGAAAGCUUACAAUAUAGCCCACCACUUCCAUCACUUUCGGCAGCUUCAUCGAAAUCCAAAGCAUUGAAAACUAUUAUAGAUGGCGAUGAACAAAUUAUGCCUAGUAAUCUAUCAAAUGAAAAUGAAUUCCCUGGAAAUAUCGAAAGCUUACAAUAUAGCCCACCACCUCCAUCACUUUCGGCAGCUUCAUCGAAAUCCAAAGCAUUGAAAACUAUUAUAGAUGGCGAUGAACAAAUUAUGCCUAGUAAUCUAUCAAAUGAAAAUGAAUUCCCUGGAAAUAUCGAAAGCUCUCAAUAUAGCCAACUACCUCCAUCAUUUUUGACAACUUCGUCGAAAUCCAAAGCAUUGAAAACUAGUAAAGACAGAAAACCGGUUGAAAAUCGAGUUAAGAAAUAUACAGAUACGCUAACAGCUCAAAAUAACCAAGUAUUUUCAUGUAAAAUGAUUACAUAUUCUUCUAAUAAUCGUAGUUCAACAUCGACCUCAAUGGAAAUCUUUAAUAAUCAAAUACCUUCGACUUCAAAUAAUCCCAAUAAUGUAAAUAUCGAACAGGCGCCAGCUGCAUUGGCUUCAAGAAAAUUGAAUAACAGUAUCCAAUCACAGCUCAACACAUCAAUGGAAAAUCAUUUUGAAAAAAAUCCAAAGCUAUUCCCAUUUUUAUUGAACUGCCAACGUAAACGUAAAACGUGGCUUCAGCCGAAGAUAACAGAUAUAUUUACGGAAAGAAAAGUACAUAAAAGGAGUCGGGUCAAUAUUUCAUCUUUGGAAGUUUCUGCAAGAGAUAAUACACCAAAGUUUUCAAUCGUUAAUUCGAAUGAAAGGAACAUAAAUGGUGGCGUGCAUACAAAUUUUAAUGAAAUGUCUCUUGAAACUAAAAGAAGCAGCAAUCUUGAGUUACUUUCUAAAUCAGCUGAAGGCGAAUAUUUCGUAAAUAAAUCUGCUUCUGAUAAACAAAUGGAAUGUUUAAAUACUAACUUUAAGGGUUAUCAUGCGAAAUAUAAAAAUCCAGAAGAACAUCAGAUUAUGAACGUUCAGCCAAAGGAAAUAUCAAUAAAAAAAUUGGAUAAUAAAAAAAUACGUGUUCGAAGUACAUCUUUUUUAAUGGGAUCAAAUCAAAUUCGAUUCGAGGAUAAAAAUUUGCGGAAAAAGAAAAAUAAAUUUCAUAAUCAAUCGAAGGAUGUUAACGAAUUACAAAAAACAAAAAUGGUCACUACAUAUAGUUUGAAAUCGAAUGAAAUUUUUCAAGACUAUGUAAUACCUUAUAAAAGAUUAAAAAUUGAUAAAGAAAAGUUUGUAAGAAAUUACGAAGAAACCGUUCAGACUAUCGAAUACCCUGAAAUAGGUUUGGAUUCUUCGAGCACUUUAACAUUGAGUGAAACAGAAUCAUCUCAGUUAAAUGAAACAGAAAAAGGUGAGUUAAAUAAAAAAAUAAUGAAACAAACUAAUAAUAGGAUAAAUAGAAAAACUGAAACCAAAAGUCAUCACAAAAAAAGCUCACAUUCAUUGACUGAAAAUGAUAUUGAGGGAAAUCUCCAUUCUUACGAAAAUAGAAAUCCUAAUCAAAUUGAUUCUGAAGAAACUUCUAAAUUUACACGUACAAAAAUGGUGAAACAAACUAAUAAUAGGAUAAAUAGAAAAACUGAAACCAAAAGUCGUCACAAAAAAAGCUCACAUUCAUUGACUGAAAAUGAUAUUGAGGGAAAUCUCCAUUCUUACGAAAAUAGAAAUCCUAAUCAAAUUGAUUCUGAAGAAACUUCUAAAUUUACACGUACAAAAAUGGUCGAAAAUCUUGAAACCACACAUCCAUUCGUUAGCGAUACAACUAAGAAGAAAGUUCGUACAUUCGAAAUAAGAAAUACAAAUAAAAAAAAGAAAUCGUCGAAUGUGAAAUCACAUAAUACGUCUAAAGAAGAGAGUAAAAAAUUCCCUAGUUUAGAGGCUGAGUUACUUAAUGCUGAACUAGAAAGCGAAGUAGGCAGGGAAAAAAAAAGACGUAUUAUUAGAAUGUUACAAUUGAUCGAAACUGUCGAAAAUGCCGAGUAUGAAAAUGAAAAAAAUGAAUCUUUGAAUGCAAGAUCACAUAAUUUCUCUAGUGAAGAGAGUGAAGGAUUCCUUAGCCUAGAGGCUGAAUUACUUAAUGCUGAACUAGAAAGCGAAGAAGGCAUGGAAAAAAAACGACGUAUUAAAAGAAUGUUAAAAUUGAUCGAAAUUGUCGAAUCUACCAAUUCAGUUUAA